AUGGCCUCACCUGUUGCAGCUUCUCCAUCACAGGAACGGGUGCUCCAUAUCCCUGAGCUCCUGGAGGCCAUAGGCUCGCACAUGGUCGUCCGAGGCCUCCUCGCCUCUUCUUGGAGCGAAUUCUUCAUCGCGACCCUCUGGAACACCAUCGGCGCCAGCCUCUACGCCUGGCUAAGGAUCCUCCGCGGAAGCGAGAAUUAUCGAUAUCCCCUGAACGAAGACUGGCUACAGUGCAUCUUUGCAAAAUACGGGAAACACAUCCGGCACCUCACCAUCCGCUGGAGGAUCCUGAUCGGUAUCGCGUACUUGGACAGAGCCUGCACCGACCUCUUUAACAUCAGGAUUAUGGAUAUCAAACAAUACCGUACCUACAAUUUAAAAGACCACCGUGAGCCAAAUCAAGUACUGAACCCCAGCGGCUUCUACGUGCGACGAUUCCCAACACAACGACAUUCCCACUGGGUCACUGGAAUAGUGCUCAUCCCGGAACUCGAGGGCGUCUUUGGUCCAACAGCCAUUCUGCUGAAAUCGGAGGAACGUCAGAAGCGGGACUGA